AUGGCUGAUUCCAUUACCAAACUCUGUUUGGUCUCUGUUUUCUUGCUCUUUGGUCUUGUCUUGCAGGGUAUUGCAGCAGAGAAUCUUACCAAACAGAAACUAAACUCAAAGAUACUUCAGGAAGAGAUUGUGAAGAAAGUCAAUCAAAAUCCAGAUGCUGGAUGGAAAGCUGCUAUAAAUGAUCGAUUUUCAAACGCAACUGUUGCUGAGUUUAAGCGUCUUCUCGGUGUUAAACCAGCACCUAAGAAGCAAUUCUUAGGUGUUCCUAUUGUAAGCCAUGAUCAAUCUUUGAAGUUACCUAAAGAAUUCGAUGCUAGAACCGCUUGGCCACAGUGCACCAGUAUUGGAAACAUCUUAGGUUUGGGACAUUGUGGUUCUUGUUGGGCAUUUGGUGCUGUUGAAUCACUAUCUGAUAGAUUCUGUAUCCAAUUUGGAAUGAACAUUUCUUUAUCAGUGAAUGAUCUCUUAGCAUGUUGUGGAUUCCGUUGUGGUGAUGGUUGUGACGGUGGCUACCCGAUUGCUGCUUGGCAAUACUUUUCGUAUAGCGGUGUUGUCACAGAAGAGUGUGAUCCAUACUUUGAUAAUACCGGAUGCUCUCACCCGGGUUGUGAACCCGCGUAUCCUACACCGAAAUGUUUGAGGAAAUGCGUUAGCGGAAACCAGUUAUGGACCGAAUCCAAACAUUUCAGUGUUAGUACAUACACUGUUAAAUCUAAUCCACAAGACAUCAUGGCUGAGAUUUAUAAGAAUGGACCUGUUGAAGUCUCUUUUACAGUUUAUGAGGAUUUUGCUCACUACAAAUCUGGAGUAUACAAGCAUAUAACAGGUUCUAACAUUGGAGGUCAUGCUGUUAAACUUAUCGGCUGGGGAACUACCGAUGAUGGCGAAGAUUAUUGGUUGUUGGCAAAUCAAUGGAACAGAAGCUGGGGUGAUGAUGGUUAUUUCAUGAUAAGGAGAGGAACAAAUGAAUGUGGAAUUGAAGAUGAACCAGUGGCUGGUUUGCCUUCAAGCAAGAAUGUGUUCAAGGAUAUUACCGGUUCAAAUGAUAUUUCGGUUGCUUCGGUUUAA